AUGGACCUCUUGACUGUGGAUAAGCAGAAAUUAGAUCUUGACUUAAAUCUUUUGACUGCCGAAAAGAAUGAUAUUUCUGUACAAUUGUGUCGUCAAAAGGAGCUUUACAUAGCUGCAAAAAGACAUAUUCACUGUCUGGAAGAUGAGCUGCUUGGUAUGAAAAAAGAAACGGACAAGAAAUUCGAAGAACUUGAGGAGAAUUCGAGACAUUAUCAACUUCUUGUCAAAAAUGCUAAUGAUCAUAUUUUUAGAUUAGAAGAAAGGGAACAAGAACUUAGAUCAGAAUUAUCUGCACAAAAUGAAAGAUACACUAAAUUACUUAAAAUUUAUGUGGAUUAUAUAGAAACAAACAAUUUAUCUGUGUCAAACAACGAUAUUGAAUCGGGAACUGUAUGCAUUGGUUGUGAAAAAGAUACUGAAUCAAAUGAGCUAGUUAUGAAAUCGACCGUUAAUUCAAACCCCACAAAUGAAAAUCCUAAUCAAAUUUCAGUAGAAUCGGGUUACAUUUUAAACACGAAUUCUAGAAAUAAUGGCAUUUCAACCAUUGGAAUUAAUUUAACACAUCCUCUAGAAUCUGAACCUGGUGUGAACGCUUUGCACUCUCUUGAUAGUUCUUUGAAGUCAAAUAAUGGUACCGCUUCUUUUAUUGACAUUUAUGAUGAUAUCGUAGAUUAUGAAACGGCUUUAGAAUCAACUCCUGCUAUGGGCACUAGUGAUGAUGUUGAAGAAAUUGAAUCUCUUGAUGUUUGUGAACCUUCUGUAGGUAUGAUCAAAGAAGUUGAAAAAUUAAUUAAAGAGAAUACUGAUUUGUAUGAAACAAAAAAUGCUUUAAAUAUUUUAAAAGAUGAUCUAAUUAAAAAACUAGAUGAAGUGACCGGUGAGAAAUCUAUGUUAAUUCAAGAAAUACAUGCUAUGCGUACCAAUAGAGAUGAAAUUAAAUCUGAAGCUAGUCGUUUAUCACGUUUAGUUUAUGAAUGUCGUGAUCAAAUAUCUAGCUUAACUGCUCGUCUUAAAAUUUAUGAAGACGUCAACGAGGCUGAUCAACGUUCAUCUAGAUUACUUCUUACUUCAAUACAACAGUCGAAAUCCUGUUGGACAUUAAAUGCAGAAAGUACAUGUCACACAUCAUCAAAGUAUCGUAAUAAAUCUGUAGAUAAUUUGAAUGAUGUUUCACCAUUGAAUGAUAUGAAUAAAACUGAAGAUGGAUACGAUUUACAGAGUACCCUUAAUAAAGUACCGAAAUUCGGUGAAGCUUUCUUCACUAAACGAGAAAUGGCUCGUGUUAUCGCAGAACGUAACAGUUAUAAAGAGAAAUUCUUGGAACUACAAGAUGCAAUGCGCUUAAUGGAUAGAUUACGAGUAGAUCAGAAAUCUCGUUUACAAGUUUCGACGGGUGAUGGUUUUGAGCGUUGGGUACCAAGGUCAUUCUUUUCAACCGUCCAGUCGGGUUUAACUGGAUUAUUCUCAACUUUUGAUCAAGCUGUUCCUUUAGCUUCUGUUUUGCCAUCAGAAGCUCAAUGUCUUAGUCCAUAUCAGUUAAAUGAUUCUAACCACUCUUGGUCACAAGGUUCUUACAAUUUAUCAGUUCAGUAUAUGAAUUCCUCAAGUAAUGGACGGAGGAAAUCUGUUGGAUUAAGAAACAUGUUUAGCAGGCUAUUUGGUUAUACAAUUGCAUAUGGUCCUGAUUCAAACAUCGUUAAUGUUGGUCAUGAUUUAACUGCCGGUGUAGAUAGUCACUCAUCAGGCGAAUCUGUGUCGAAAUCACUGGAAUCUAACCUUAAUUAA